AGGGACAGCUGCAGACAGGGGCCGGACCAGCUUUGUUCCCAGGGUGGCACCGUUCUCCACCAGGCCCUACUCGACUCCCGCCUGGUGCUGCUUUCCUUCCCGGAGCGCAGUGGGCAGCGGGCACUGUGGGUCCCCCGCCAUGAGAGUCUAGAGGCGGCGAGCCACCAGGGUCUGUCCGCGUGGGGCGUGGGGCUCCGGGAGGAUGGGCCAGGACCAGACGAAGCAGCAGAUCGAGAAGGGGCUCCAGCUGUACCAGUCUAACCAGACGGAGAAGGCGCUGCAGGUGUGGACGAAGGUGCUGGAGAAGAGCUCCGACCUCGUGGGGCGCUUCCGCGUGCUGGGCUGCCUGGUCACGGCCCACUCGGAGAUGGGCCGCUACAAGGAGAUGCUGAAGUUUGCCGUGGUGCAGAUCGACACUGCUCGGGAGCUGGAGGACGCCAACUUCCUCCUGGAGAGCUACCUGAACCUGGCGCGCAGCAACGAGAAGCUGUGUGAGUUUCACAAGACCAUCUCCUACUGCAAGACCUGCCUCGGCCUGCCUGGCACCAGGGCGGGCGCCCAGCUCGGGGGCCAGGUCAGCCUGAGCAUGGGCAACGCCUUCCUGGGCCUCAGCCUCUUCCAGAAGGCCCUGGAGAGCUUCGAGAAGGCCCUGCGCUAUGCCCACAACAACGACGACACCAUGCUUGAGUGCCGCGUCUGCUGCAGCCUGGGCAGCUUCUAUGCCCAGGUCAAGGACUACGAGAAAGCCCUGUUCUUCCCCAGCAAAGCCGCAGAGCUCGUCAACGACUAUGGCAAAGGCUGGAGCCUCAAGUACCGGGCCAUGAGCCAGUACCACAUGGCUGUGGCAUAUCGCCUACUGGGCCACCUGGGCAGUGCCAUGGACUGUUGUGAGGAGUCCAUGAAGAUCGCACUGCAGCACGGCGACCGGCCACUCCAGGCGCUCUGCCUGCUCUGCUUCGCCGACAUCCACCGGAGCCGUGGGGACCUGGAGACAGCCUUCCCCAGGUACGACUCCGCCAUGAGCAUCAUGACCGAGAUCGGGAACCGCCUGGGCCAGGUGCAGGUGCUGCUGGGUGUGGCCAAGUGCUGGGUGGCCAGGAAGGCGCUAGACAAGGCUCUGGACGUCAUUGAGAGAGCCCAGGACCUGGCUGAGGAGGUGGGAAACAAGCUGAGCCAGCUGAAGCUGCACUGCCUGAGCGAGAGCAUCUACCGCAGCAAGGGGCUGCAGCGGGAGCUGCGUGCCCACGUGGUGCGCUUCCACGAGUGCGUGGAGGAGACUGAGCUCUACUGCGGCCUGUGUGGGGAGUCCAUCGGCGAGAGGAACGCCCGGCUGCAGGCCCUGCCCUGCUCCCACAUCUUCCACCUCCGGUGCCUGCAGAACAACGGGACACGGAACUGCCCCAACUGCCGCCGCUCAUCCAUGAAGCCUGGCUUCGUGUGACUUUGUCAGCAGCCAUGGGCUCCCGCCGCACCCGCCCUGCUCCCGCUCCACCGUCACCCUGGAGACCCCCGACUGGCCGUGCCUAGGAUGCCUCUUUGCUCCUGGGAAAGCCGCCACGACCUAGAGCCUGACCACUGCUGUUCCUCAAGGCCCUGCGCUCCUCCCCACCUCUUUGUACUUUGCUCUUUAUAGAAAAAUAAACCGU